UCUAACAAUGGCAGCUGGUGGUUUUGUGAAAAGCACAGAAACUGGGGAACAUUAUAAGGGCAGGGUGACCUUAUUUGUGGUUCUCUCUUCUAUGGUCGCUGCCAUGGGGGGACUUAUUUUUUGCUACGACAUUGGAAUUUCAGGUGGAGUGACAUCAAUGGAGCCAUUUCUGAAGAAAUUCUUCCCAGGAGUUGACAGAAAGAUGAAUGAAGACAAAGAAAUAAGCAAUUACUGCAAAUUCGACAGCCAACUUCUGACCUCCUUCACUUCUUCCCUCUACAUUGCCGGCCUUCUCUUCACCUUCUUUGCUUCCUCCGUCACCAGAGCCUACGGAAGAAAGCCCUCCAUUAUCAUCGGCGGCGCGGCCUUUCUCGGCGGCGCCGCCUUGGGCGGGGCUGCCUCCAAUGUCUACAUGCUUCUUCUCGGCCGCAUAUUGCUCGGAAUCGGCGUCGGCUUUACUAAUCAGGCGAUUCCACUGUAUCUCUCGGAAAUGGCACCGCACAAAUACAGAGGAGCAAUCAACAAUGGCUUCCAACUCUGCGUUGGAAUCGGCGUUCUCUCGGCUAAUCUCAUCAAUUUCGGAACCGAAAAGCUAAAGAACAGCGCAGGCUGGCGAAUCUCCUUGGCUUUGGCUGGGGUUCCCGCGUCGCUCUUGACCGUUGGUUCGAUUUUCUUACCCGAGACGCCCAAUAGCCUGAUUCAACGCUGCGAUGAGCAUCAAAAGGCCAAGAAAAUGCUGCAGCGUAUCCGUGGCACGGAGGAUGUUGACGCGGAAUUUGAAGAUCUCGUGAAAGCAAAUGCAACGUCGAGGACGAUCAAGAAACCGUUCGUGAAAAUUACUCAACGGAAGUAUAGGCCCCAGCUUGUGAUGGCCAUAGCGAUUCAGUUUUUCCAACAAGUAACUGGGAUCAAUGUCAUUUCGUUCUACGCGCCGAUUCUUUUUCGAACUGUUGGUUUAGAUGAAAGUGCUUCACUGUUGUCGGCAGUCAUGACUGGGCUUGUGGGUACUGUUGCGACCUUCGUUUCGAUGCUUAUUGUGGAUAAGCUUGGCCGCAGAGUUCUGUUCACUAUUGGGGGAAUUCAAAUGUUUGUCUCGCAAAUUGUGAUUGGAAGUGUAAUGGCUGCUCAACUAGGCGAUCAUGGUGGGCUGAGUAAAGGGUAUGCGUAUUUGGUUCUUGUUUUAAUCUGUAUUUAUGUUGCUGGUUUUGCUUGGUCUUGGGGUCCUCUUGGUUGGUUGGUUCCGAGUGAGAUUUUUCAGUUGGAGAUUAGAUCUGCGGGGCAGAGUAUCACUGUGGCUGCAAAUUUUGCCAUAGCUCAGAGUUUUCUCUCUAUGCUUUGUCACUUGAAAAGUGGCACUUUCUUCUUCUUUGGUGGGUGGGUUUUGAUUAUGACUGCUUUUGUGUUGCUUUUCUUACCGGAGACUAAGAAUAUUCCCAUUGAGCAAAUGGAUAGAAUUUGGAUGGAGCAUCGGUUUUGGAAUAAAAUUGUAGUGGAACCAGGACAAGAGCUUCAGUAACAACGUCCCAAGUUAAAAUGAAAU